ACAAAUCCCAGACCUGGGGAGGUGUGGCCUCAUCGCUGGACUACAAACCGAUGCAUCAUGGGACGAUUUAAGGGGAAAAACCGAAGCCAGGCGCGGUGGAUUAUGGGAGGCGUUUCUAAAGGCCGCGGGAGCGGCAAAUCGAGAAAGCCGGGUGACGGGGGAAGGGCCAGCCGGACUGGGGCCCAAGCCUGUUCCCCGAGCCCACGGCAGGAUGCAGUGCCGCCCUUCCGCUGGCCCAGCAAUGCUGAGUGUGCGUCCUCUACCCACAGCCCUGCCAUGUCCGGCUGCAAACUCCCCAUGGGCCUGUGCCCAGAUAUGUGCCCGGCUGCCGAGCGCGCUCGACGGGAGCGCGAGCACCGCCUGCACCGACUGGAGGUGGAGCCGGGCGGCCGUGGGAACGCUCCUCGAGCCGACCCGAGGCGCACAGUGAAGGAGUACAGUCGGCCGGCAGCGGGCAAACCCCGGCCCCCGCCAAGCCUGCUGCGGCCGCCCCCAGUGCUCCUGGCCACCGUGCGCUACCUGGCCGGUGAGGUGGCCGGCCGCGCCGACGUGUCGUGUGCGGAGGUGGCGAGCUUCGUGGCCGACCGCCUGCGCGCAGUGCGGAUGGAUCUGUCGCUGCAGGGAGUGGGCGACGCUGACGCGGCGGCGGUGCUGGAGGCUGCGCUGGCCACGCUGCUGGCCGUUGUGGCGCAGGUGCGGCCAGAAGAGACGCGCGGAGCCGUGGACCCGGUGCUGCUUCAGACUCAGGUGCAGGAAGGCUUCGGUUCGCUGCGGCGCUGCUACGCGCGGGGCGGAACCCCGCAUCCCCGCCAGGCUGCCUUUCAGGGCCUCUUUCUGCUCUACAACUUGGGUUCUGUGGAAGCCCUGCAGGAGGUUCUGCAGCUGCCUGCCGCCCUGCGUGCCUGCCCACCCCUUCAGACCGCUUUGGCGGUUGAUGCUGCCUUCCGUGAAGACAACCAUGCCCGGCUGUUUCGCCUGCUCCGCACCUUGCCCUACCUACAGAGCUGCGCAGUGCAGGAACACGUUGGCCAUGCCCGCCGCAAAGCCCUGGCCCGCCUGGCCCGGGCGCUGAGCACUCCUAAAGGACAGACCUUGCCUUUGGACUUCAUAGUACACUUUCUGGCCCUGGACGGACUCCAGGAAGCACGGGACCUGUGCCAGGCCCAUGGGCUGACCUUGGAUAAAGACAGAGUUGUAUUCCUGAGGGGUCAGUACUCUGAGGAAGGACUCCCACCCCCUGGUACGUGCUACAUACUAGUGGGAAGCAAGCUGCAGGGACACACCCUGGAGGAGGUGGUCAUGGCAGAGGAAGAUAAGGACAGUCACAGACCUGGGUCUCCAGCCUGAGAGGGCUUCAUCUCCCACAAGGCCUGGAUCAGAGCACCCAGGGCUCUGUCUCACGAUUCCCAAACAAUAAAAGGAACUCAUUAUGAUUUCCAAAUGAUAACAGAAACUUUUAGACUUUAUUUAUUUGAGAGUUAAGAGGGGAGAUAGAGCAGGCAAAGAGGAAGGCGGGUUGAGCAAGGGCCUGGCCUCUACCCUACUUUGGGCCCAAGCUUCACCCACUACCAUGAGCAGGUGUCCUUAACUGCAGGGAGCUCCCUGAUGCUUUAAAAGCUUGAGGGUGUUUUCUGGUUUUGCCCACUCCUGCCUCAGAAAGGACUGGGACAUACCCCAGAGAAACAGGUGUGAGAAGCAAGAUAAAAAGCCCAAGGGACAGGGCUGGGGUCAGAGGUCAGCCACAGGUGUCAGGGUGGCUGCUGCACCUUCCAGGGCCAUUACUACAAUGCUAAGCUGCCUCUGUACUUCAGCCCAAGUUUCAGAUCCGGAGUUGAUUUCCUGAGCCCUGGCACAAGCAUUGGCCAGACCUGGGAAUGUGGCAGAAGAGGCUGUAUUGGGUGCCCAGAGCACAUGGCUGAGGAGAGAUGGCAAGCUGAGGGUUAGUGAGAGGUCACCUGCAACUCAGCACUGUCAGUCUCUGAAAGCAAGGGCUUAGAGAAGUGCAGGGUAGGCCGUACUCCCCAGCCAUCAAUGAAGUGGAUUGUGCAGUGACACUGACACGGAGCUCAGGGUGGGAAGUCAUGGCUCCACCCCUCCUCCUCCCCAGAGCUUUGGCAUAGGCUCACCUAUAGUAUCGCUCCUCUGGGAAAGCCCUCGGGUUCAGGAAUGCCCGUUCCAAGAGCAUUAGUUGGUCAUUGACCAUCCGUACCUGCAGAGGACUGGAGAGCAUGUGCGUUACUGUGCAAGCCAACAGUUCAGCUGCUAGCCCGAUGCAUGCCAAGUGCCCGCUCCCAGACACCUGCCCACUGCUGAUACCCACUCAGGGCUGCUCUUCUGCAGUGUCAAGAUGCGCUGGCCCAAGGCUGCAGCUGCUGUCUUAAACUUCUCCACUGCGGUUACCAAGGGCCCUGGGUGGGGAACACAUAGCUUAGCUCUGGUGUAUCCUGCCUGGGGAUACAGGGCUCCCCAAGACUCCAUGUUGGGGUGUCCAUACCCAGGCUGAUGUUCUGCUUCUGUAACUGGGUGCCAAGGUCCUUUUGAGCAGCCUGCAGAAAACUGUUUAAUGUCUCACUAUAGUCACUGACAUUGAGGGGCAAGAAGAGGCUGUCGCUGAGCCGGAGAAGCACACUCCCAGCAGUCCGGGCUACAGCUUGGUGGCUGCUGAAACCUAUGGAGGGGACACAAGGCCAGGGCUGCAUCAUCAGCCCAUCCUUCUGUCAGCCUCAAAAUGCCCCUGUCCCCUCCUCACCAGGGUCCAGAAACUUUUCCACAUAAUCAAACGUGUCAAAAGCUGUGUGGUAGGUCGGGUAGAUCCUGGCUGAGGUCUUGCUCUAGAGGAAUAAGGAAGAGAUAGACUUGGGGUGGGAAAUCUGGGUACCCACAGUGGGCCACAAUGUGAGCUGUGUGGGCUUCAGAAUUUCUACUUCCAGAGGAGGGGCUGAGGGUCAGGGACUAAGCUGCUUGCUAUUACACAAAUAGAAUGGAGGAGAAGCCUGGGGCUUUGGAGUCAGCUGUGGGAAUCCGAGCUCCACCACCCAAGGGCAGCAGAGCCAGAGGGAAAUGGAUUUAGAGCAUCCACUUAAGAGGUACAGGCUAGAUGCACUGGAGUCCCACUUCAGUCCCCACAACGCAUGAAUUUCCCUAACAUUUCUUGAUCAGUGCUGACACCCGUACAAGCAUCUCCACACUAAGUUCUGCUUCGUCACUGCCAUCCUAUGAUUGACAACAGUCUUUUUCUUGUCCUGAGUAAGGUGUAACACGACGUGAGAGCAUUGUUAGCAUGAGUAAGGUAGAGCAACUACAAAUCGAUAUAACCAUGUAAGUGUUUGAUGAGCAGAAACAGAUGCUCGGAGGCCUAGAAAAGCCGGCCUGUGUAGCCUGAGCUAAUUUAACUGUAGACUUGAUACAAUCUAGAAAGGUCUGGGGCAGGAGUCUCAGGAAGUGUCUAAUCUGGAUGGCCUAUGGGCAUGUGGGGGUCUAUUUUGAUUACGUUUAUUGAGGUGGGAGGACCAAAGGGACUCUGGCCAGCUUGAGCAGGCCUUGCCCUUCUCCCUGAUUCGCUCUGCCUUGCUAAAAACUGUUAGAUUACAUUCCUAAAGCUAGCCACCAGGGUGUAUCCUAUUAUUUGGCCAGUCCUUCCUUCUGAGGUUGUCCAGCUUUCAAAACAAUGAAAUCCAGCAAUCAAAAGGCCCCUUUGGCUUACCUAGUUAACAUGCCCAAUUAAAAUUCAAUAUCUCAUCCUAACACGGGGUUUCCCCUUUUACAUUUAUAAACUGCCAUUGCCUAUGGGCCAUAUAUGUCUCCUCUCUAUACAGAGACAGUCGUUUGUCCUCUAAAUACCUCUCCCCAUUCUUCUUCAUCCUCUAUCUCCUGUCUUUGUCUCUUAUUCCCUGCCCUCUGUCCCUCUGGAGCAAAUAAAUCUCUGUGCUGGAAACUUGGUCUGGGGGUCCUGAGUUGAUACUUCUGUCAAGGACCACACUGGACAGUGCCAUUCCUAGGUCAGGGGUGGAGCGAUUGCCUGAGCAUUAGUAACCAGGCAUCUGUUCAUUACUUUCUACUCUUAACUGUGGGUGUAGUGUACUCAAUUCUCUGGAGCUCCCACCACUGUGACUCCCCUGCUCUAAUGGACUAGGACCUAGACUUGCUCUAAAAUAAAUCCUUCCUCAAAGUU